AUGGGCUUAUAUGAAACGCUAUUUAAUUCAUUAAAACUCAACAAUUAAAAAAAUAAUCAAUUAAUUAGUAUAAAAGCUGAUUUUGGAAACACUACACAGUAACUUCUCGUUGCAGGAAACGAAUUGAAAAAUGUCGAAAGGUAAAAUUUUGAAUCAUAUUGA